AAUGUCAAAUAUUCACGCGGCGCGGCAUCUUCACGUCGCUCAAGUUGUCAAGGAAACUGGAAAAUUAUUUAACAAAUUUGGAAAAAAAAGUAAGCUCGUUGUUUGUAAAGAUCUGGAACAAGUCAGCAGAUUUAAAAGACAGUUUGAGAAACGAUGAAGAUCGAAGAAGUGAAAAGUACGGUCAAAACUCAGCGGAUUGCAGCGCACAGCCAUGUCAAGGGACUCGGAUUGGAUGAAAACGGCGUCCCGCUCCAGAUGGCGGCCGGUUUAGUUGGCCAGAAGGAUGCCCGGGAGGCCGCUGGAGUCGUGGUGGAUUUGAUCAAGACAAAGAAAAUGUCCGGCAGAGCACUGUUGCUGGCCGGCCCACCUGGCACCGGCAAGACGGCCAUAGCAUUGGCGAUUGCACAGGAGCUCGGAAAUAAGGUUCCGUUUUGUCCGAUGGUCGGCUCCGAGGUUUUCAGCAGCGAAAUCAAAAAGACCGAAGUGCUGAUGGAAAACUUCCGUCGUUCGAUCGGUCUGCGCAUCCGGGAGACCAAGGAAGUUUACGAAGGCGAAGUGACCGAGCUGACCCCGGUCGAAACUGAAAAUCCGAUGGGCGGAUACGGAAAGACGAUUAGCAACGUGAUUAUUGGGCUGAAAACGGCCAAGGGAACCAAACAACUGAAGCUGGAUCCAAGUAUUUACGAAUCGCUGCAGAAGGAAAAGGUCGAAGUCGGAGAUGUGAUCUACAUCGAGGCCAACAGUGGCGCCGUCAAGAGACAGGGACGAAGCGAUACGUUUGCCACCGAAUUUGAUCUAGAGACGGAAGAGUAUGUGCCGCUUCCGAAGGGCGAUGUCCACAAGAAGAAGGAAGUAGUGCAAGAUGUGACCCUUCAUGAUUUGGACGUGGCCAAUGCGCGACCCCAAGGUGGCCAGGAUGUGCUGUCAAUGGUGGGCCAAUUGAUGAAGCCGAAGAAAACGGAAAUUACGGAUAAACUUCGCAUGGAGAUCAACAAGGUAGUGAACAAGUAUAUUGACCAGGGCGUCGCCGAAUUGGUUCCCGGCGUUUUAUUCAUCGAUGAAGUUCACAUGCUGGACUUGGAAUGUUUCACCUAUUUGCACAAAUCGCUGGAGUCGGCCAUUGCACCAAUUGUCAUAUUCGCAACCAACCGAGGUCGAUGCGUCAUUCGUGGUACCGACGACAUUGUGUCUCCUCACGGAAUUCCGUUGGAUUUGCUGGACCGAUUGCUCAUUGUUCGUACCGCGCCGUACAACUUGACGGAAAUUGAACAGAUCAUUCGUCUUCGGGCACAAACAGAGGGACUCAACGUUGAAGACACUGCCAUUCAGGCUCUCAGCAAAAUUGGAGGAAAUACGACAUUGCGGUAUGCGGUCCAGCUUAUGACGCCGGCUCAUCAGACGUGUAAGGUCAAUGGCCGAACACAAAUCACCAAGGAUGAUAUUAUGGACGUCAAUUCACUUUUCCUGGAUGCUAAGAGAUCCGCCAAAUAUUUGCAGGAAGAGAACACAAAAUAUAUGAUGUAAGCACACUUCACCAAACUAUUACUAUGUCUCACCUUGACCCGAUAUGAACUAAUAAAUGUUAAAGGAGCUAAA